UAUCGCCGCCUCUCUGCUUUCACUGCCUCCAGCUCAGCUUUGGGGCGGCGAUAUUCUCCUGGUUGAGCCCAAGGUCCCUUACCAUCCAAUUCGUCCUCCCAUGUCCAGAAAUCCUGUGUAGGUGGGUCCUGUUGCUGUUUCACACGUCGCUUGGUCCGAUUCUGGUGGGUAAUUCUGUCACGAUCGUCUAUGGGUGAGAGAGAGGACCAAGGCGCAGCGUGUGAAAAAUACAUUCUCUUUUAUUUAGAGAAAGGAAAAACACGAAACGAACACUGAAUACAAACUAAACAAAACAACAGUGACGCUAAAUGACGUAAGUGCAAUGACAAGCAACAAACGUUCAACAUAGACAAUUACCUACAAAACCCCAAUGCCUAUGACUGCCUUAAAUAUGGCUCUCAGUCAGAGACAAUGAACCACAGCUGCCUCUAAUUGAGAACCAAUCUAGGCAGCGAUAGACAUAACUAGACAACUACACUAGACACUGCUCCAUACACAUACAACACUCCUAGACACUACAAAAACACAUACAUUCCCCAUGUCACACCCUGACCUAACUAAAAAACAUAAAGAAAACAAAGAAUACUAAGGCCAGGGCGUGACACGUAUCUCCAUGUUACAGCGUGUGCUUGCGGAAGACAGAUGUACGACAGUACUAAUUAGCUAUCUAGCAUGCUCCAAAAACCUGUGGGUAAUAGAAGAAGGCCGCCAGAAACGUAUUGUCACUGAAAAAUUCUGUCGGCUGCAACUGUGAUAAAGCCAGUUAAAAUAGUGUACAGUAAGUGUUAAUUUUGCAUUUGUAAAAUUAUUUUGAUCUGAUAUGAAUGUAAAGGGCUUUAUGUUUCUAGAAACAUAUCACAAUUGAGAAUCGAUUUGUGUUUAGAUGGAGUAUUUGGCUGUUUUGGCUGCCAGAACCAGUCUACCUCUGAAAAUAACAUACAUAGUCCUUCGACCAUGAGGAAUAACGGUACGGUAGGCUCCUUAAGAGUACAUCUUGUCUAGCCUGCCCUGCACAGGUGUUCGUUUGCGUAUUUCGAAAGUAAACUGAUAAUCUACUACUAAUGCUUUGAACACUUGCUCUAACGUUUCAGAUGCACAGAGUCUAGAGUGACACUUUCAGGAGGCUAUACUGUCUUCAGUAUUGUGAACGUUUCUCAACAAAUAAGUCGAAGUCGGAGAGGCUUGCUGACUUUUGUAUGUUAACUCUGUCAUUCUCCAUGGCGUUCACUGUGUACGCUAUUAAACUAUGUGUGUUGUGUACAAUCACCAACGUGUCUGUGUGUCAGAUAAGGAGAAGGGUCCGGGGUGGCUGAUGAAGAAGGGGUUUACACUGAUCCUAGUGGGCCACAUCAACUUCAUCCUGGGAGCCAUCGUCCACGGCAGCAUCUUGCGUCACAUCUCCAAACCCAACGACCAGAUCACCACCGAGUUCACAGCAGCCAACAUCAUCUCUGUCACUUCUGGACUGCUGAGCAUUGCAACAGGAAUCAUUGCCAUAUUGGUGUCAAGAAAUCUGCCCGUUUGGAAACUGCACAUAGGUCUUCUGAUUAGUUCCUUCCUGAAUGCCCUACUCUCUGCGGCCUGCGGCGUCGGGCUCCUAUUGGCUAUUAGCCUCACAAUUACCAAUGAGGGGCGGGGCCUCAUGAUGGGCUGCAACUUCACUGACCAGCCAAUCAAUGCCCGCUCGCCAGUCAAUGCAGACUGCCCCUUCGACACCACACGGAUAUAUGACACUACCCUGUCUCUGUGGUUCCCAUGUGUUCUGCUGGCAGGACUGGAAACAGGACUGUCCAUCUGGUGCUUCGUAGUGGGACUGGUACUGAGGGGUCUAGGACCCUGCGCACACGCAUACCUCAAAGAACAGCUGGAGGAAGAGGCUCUGACCAAUAGGGCAGCAGCAGAUCCAGAGUACUCACCCCAAGGCCAAAGCCUGAUUGGAUAGAGGACUGUCACAGUCAGGGAGUGAUGACUGAACCUCGUCCUCUUCAGAGAACCUCCCUGAUGCCUAUACCUCCACUCAUACCAAAGACUCCUCUCCCUCUCAGUGAGCGGCUAGACUGUAAGAUGACCAUGUCUCUGUAUUUGUUCACGUCUGCUGAGAAAGUCAAACCUCCCAUUGAUCCGCCAACUACAUUUCACAAAUGCAAAAUGACAAACGCCUUUAGUGUAGAGAUUAUUCAUGGGAUGAAUAUCCUCGUUUUAGUAUUCCGCUAUGAUCAUGGAAAUGAUUGUAUUUAAUCCCAUUUGGCAUUUAUCAUGCUUCAUGCUCUGUUAUUCCCAUGCUUGAUUUUAACGGCUGGGCGUUAUGCCUAAAAAUCUUAUCUGCAUUUUUUUCUGACUUAUGGGCAAUUCACGAUAUGCUUUGUUGUACAAUUAAAGGUCAAAUACACUGCAUUUCAAAUAGUCAGCAAGAAUCUAAUGAAUUCAGGGCUUGUGAAGUUAUACCUAGGCUAAAUAUAAGCCUUCCACAACCACAAGACCCACUGAUAUAGUUUAACCUGCUUUUUGCAGUAAUCGCUGAUCUGGCUUUGUAGUCUGUCUAUGAAUAUGCCCUUUUUGUUACAAAGUUAACCCGAACCAUGCAUAAAGCACAUUCACUUAUAAUGACUAACUUCUUGUAGCAGGCAUUAUAGAAAAUUAACACUUAGCUCAUAAACAAUCUCUCAAGCACAAGCCCACGUGCUACUGAGUAACCAGCUAAUAUUUAUAUUUCAAGUUUAGCCAACUUGGAUUUAUUUGCUAACAAAGUAGAACAGUUUGUUCUACCUUGUUAUGAACACACCCUUCUGUCCAUCUACCAACUGUUUGAACGGCAUGCUAGCCUGUCAGAUAUUGAAAUCAAGUGGUCUACCUUAUUUCUCAAAAUGAGUAUGAAUAUUAUUGCACAUUUAUAAAACACAGACUAGACAGCUAGUAUAACAGUCUUUGGCUAAAAUGCUGCUCGAGGUACGUGGUACUGCAAUGCAGCGCAUGACAAACUGAGCAUUCAUUUUCCAAAAUUGUUACUCCUGUUUUAGUAGUCUGCUCUCGUGCAGUUUGAGGAGUUGAGACAUAAACGGGUAUCUUUAGAGGUUAACUUAUCCUCUAUUACAGUAAAAAAUAAUAUCUCGUCUUUCGGUGUCCAUAUGACUGAUUCUGUUGGACCAAACCUCAAAUGCAAAUAGUGACUAGCAAGUUGAAACCACUUGUCACAGAGUGAAUGAAGUGAUCUCUCGUCUUUGUUGUUGUGAGUGGCAGGGAGAGGGACUUGGUGUGUGUGUGUAAGGUGAAGGUGCAGUCACAGCAGAUGGAGCGAAGAAAACGAGACCAAAAAGGCAUGAGAACAAGCGGACAUAAACGCUCAUAAAAACUAAAAAUAAACAUGAUACUUUUUGCGAUACAGGCAUUUGGAAUAUCGCGCAAAAACACUAUUUCAAAUUAAUUCAAUAUAAUCGCCCAGCCCUACUUGAUAUAUGUAGGAAUAUAGCAAUAGCCUGCCUGAGAAGGGUUCUGGGGUUCAAUAUCAACUGUCUUGAAUUGCAUCCUCUCCUAUCCCCCAGUUUUUUUUCCCCCGAUGGUGCAUAUGAAGGAAAGGAAACGGGGAGAGGAAACCACUUUAGAGUACUGAGACGCGCCCUGAGAGUUUGUUUCAGGCGUAGCUGGGGGGGUGCUCACAUUCCCCAACACCAGGCAGAAGCGAUCAGCUCAGCGCUGAUGCGGUUAAUCUGGGGCUGGGUUAAAUCGAGCAGGGUGUAAUCUUUGCAUGCAAGGCUAAUCCCCCAAACCGAGGGGAAAAUCAAUAUUGACAUAAGGAGGUGACUGACACUAUAAAGCGGGUUACCUGUGCGUGCCCGGCUGAAGGUUGUCCCUCCAGGGCUGCUGUAGCUGAAGGGUGUCCCUCCAGGGCUGCUGUAUGUUGUUGAUACUACAGUAGUAAUACUACAGUAGUAGUACUACAAUGUGGCUUUGGAGUGAUAAGUUAAUGUAAGGCUACUCAUCAAGAUGAGCUGGAUUUCAGAGUUUAAACCCUGGUGUAUUGUCUGGAUUGUGCUCUAUCAGAAUGUGGUUCAUUUAUGUUUUGUGUAUAAGAGUUGGGGCAAUAUCCUAUUUAUUCAGUAAAUGAAGUUAAUUUCAAUUAAGUUUUAAUACUUAUUUUUUUUAAACAUGAGUGGAAUUUCAUUUCACCUCCUGAAUAAACUGAAUUGAUCUACAGUAAGCGUACAUAUUCCUUUAUUUAUAUGACGCCGACAAAAACAAUAAACAAUCCAAAACAACCGUGAAGCUAAAGGGCUAUGUGCCACAAACAAAGUUAACUUCAACAAAGACAGGUGGGAAAAAGGGAUACCUAAGUAUGGUUCUCAAUCAGAAACAACAAUAGACAGCUGUCCCUGAUUGAGAACCCUACCUGGCCAAAACAUAGAAAUAACAAAUAAUAGAACUAAAGAACAUAGAAUACCCACCCCAAUACACACCCUGACCAAACCAAAUAGAGACAUAAAAAGGCUCUCUAAGGUCAGGGCGUGACAGCCUAAUGCAUUUAAACUCAAUUUUUCACAAUUCCUGACAUUUAAUCCUAGUAAAAAUUCCCAGUCAUAGGCCAGUUAGGAUCACCACUUUAUUUUAUGAAUGUGAAAUGUCAGAAUAUUUUUCAUAUUUCUUCCAUCACAUUCCCAGUGGGUCAGACGUUUACAUACACUCAAUUAGUAUUUGGUAGCAUUGCCUUUAAAUUGUUUAACUUGGGUCAAUCGUUUUGGGUAGCCUUCCACAAGCUUCCCACAAUAAGUUCGGUGAAUUUUGGCCCAUUCCUCCUGACAGACCUGGUGUAACUGAGUCAGGUUUGUAGGCCUCUUUGCUCGCACGGGCUUUUUCAGUUCUGCCCACAAAUCUUCUAUAGGAUUGAGGUCAGGGCUUUGUGAUGGCCACUCCAAUACCUUGACUUUGUUGUCCUUAAGACAUUUAAGGGUCCAUUUGGAAGACCCAGAGUUUAAACCCUGGUGGAUUGUCUGGACUUUUGUACCAAGCUUUAACUUCCUGACUGAUGUCUUGAGAUGUUGCUUCAAUAUAUCCUCAUAAUUUUCCUACCUCAUGAUGCCAUCUAUUUUGUGAAGUGCACCAGUCCCUCCUGCAGCAAAGCACCGCCACAACAUGAUGCUGCCACCCCCGGGCUUCACAGUUGGGAUGGUGUUCUUCGGCUUGCAAGCUUCCACAUUUUUCCUCCAAACAUAACGAUGGUCAUUAUGGCCAAACAGUUCUAUGUGUUUCAUCAGACCAGAGGACAUUUCUCCAAAAAUUACGAUCUUUGUCCCCAUGUGCAGUUGCAAACCGUAGUCUGGCUUUUUAAUGACGGUUUUGGAGCAGUGGCUUCUUCCUUACUGAGCGGCCUUUCAGGUUAUGUCGAUAUAGGACUCGUUUUACUGUGGAUAUAGAUACUUUUGUACCUGUUUCCUCCAACAUCUUCACAAGGUCCUUUGCUGUUGUUCUGGGAUUGAUUUGCACUUUUCACACCAAAGUACGUUCAUUUCCAGGAGACAGAACGCGUCUCCUUCCUGAGCGGUAUGAUGGCUGCGUGGUCCCAUGGUGUUUAUACUUGCGUACUAUUGUUUGUACUGAUGAACGCGGUACCUUCAGGCGUUUGGAAAUUGCUCCCAAGGAUGAACCAGACUUGUGGAGGUAUACAAUUUAUUUUCUGAGGUCUUGGCUGAUUUCUUUUGAUUUUUCCAUGUCAAGCAAAGAGGCACUGUGUUUGAAGGUAGGCCUUGAAAUACAUCCACAGGUACACCUCCAAUUGACUCAAAUAAUGUCAAUUAGCCUAUCAUUUUCUGUAAUUUUCCAAGCUGUUUAAAGGCACAGUCAAUUUAGUGUAUGUUAACUUCUGACCCACUGGAAUUGUGAUACAGUGAGUUAUAAGUGAAAUAAUCUGUCUGUAAACAAUUGUUGGAAAAAUUACUAUUGUCAUGCACAAAGUAGAUGUCCUAACCGACUUGCCAAAACUAUAGUUUAACAAGAAAUUUGUUGUUGAAAAACAAGUUUUAAUGACUCCAACCUAAGUGUAUGUAAACUUCCGACUUCAACUGUAAGAUGGUUUUUGGUUU